AUGGCUCAGACCUUUGUUUUCGUCUGGUUGCUACUCAUCUUCACACACUUAGUUUCAUCGCUACCGCAAGACUUCUCCUUCGUUGGCUUCAAAAACGCCUCACCGAAUCUAGUCAUAACCGGAGUGGCAGAGAUCGCCGGAACUGGAGCCAUCAGACUCACAACAGACACACAACGCGUGAUCGGUCACGCUUUCUACUCCUUACCAAUCCGGUUCAAGCCAAUCGGUGUAAACCGAGUUCAGUCUUUCUCCACGUCUUUUGCAAUCGCCAUGGUUCCAGAGUUUGUUACUCUUGGAGGCCACGGGCUUGCCUUCGCCAUCGCUCCGACUCCAGAUCUUAGAGGCUCUCUUCCUAGCCAGUACUUAGGCCUCUUGAAUUCAAGCAGAGUUAACUUCUCGAGCCACUUCUUCGCUGUGGAGUUUGAUACUGUCAGGGAUUUGGAGUUUGAGGACAUCAAUGAUAACCAUGUUGGAAUCGAUAUAAACAGUAUGGAGUCAAGUAUUUCGACUCCAGCUGGAUAUUUCCUUGCUAAUUCAACCAAAAAAGAGCUUUUCCUCGACGGUGGCAGAGUGAUUCAAGCUUGGAUUGAUUACGAUUCAAACAAGAAAAGGUUAGAUGUUAAGCUUUCUCCAUUCUCGGAGAAACCAAAGUUGUCUCUUCUCUCUUACAACGUUGAUCUGUCCUCUGUUUUGGGAGAUGAAAUGUAUGUUGGAUUCUCUGCUUCGACCGGUUUGCUAGCUAGUUCACAUUACAUCUUAGGUUGGAACUUUAACAUGAGUGGAGAAGCAUUGUCUCUGUCUUUGCCAACUCUCCCUCGGAUUCCCGGUUCAAUCAAGAAGAAGAAGAAGAGCACCGGUUUGAUAAUUGGAGUAUCUCUCUUCUGUUCCCUUCUGAUCAUCGCGGUUAUUGUAGCUGCAUCGUUGUUCUUAGUAAAAAAGGCUAAAGAUGAAGACAGAGUUGAAGAAUGGGAGCUUGAUUUUGGUCCGCAUAGAUUCUGUUACAGAGAGCUCAAGAAAGCUACGAAUGGUUUUGGGGACAAGGAGCUUCUUGGUUCUGGAGGAUUUGGUAAAGUGUACAAAGGAAAGCUCCCCGGUUCAGAAGAGUACGUAGCCGUCAAGAGAAUAUCUCAUGAGUCAAGACAAGGAGUACGAGAAUUCAUGUCUGAGGUCUCGAGCAUUGGUCAUCUCCGGCAUAGGAAUCUUGUUCAGUUGCUCGGUUGGUGUCGAAGGCGGGACGAUUUGCUUCUUGUCUAUGAUUUCAUGCCUAAUGGAAGCUUAGACAUGUACUUGUUCGACGAAAACCCUAAAGUUAUCUUGACUUGGAAGCAAAGAUUCAAAAUCAUAAAAGGGGUUGCAUCCGGUUUACUUUACCUACACGAAGGAUGGGAACAAACAGUUAUUCACCGCGACAUCAAAGCCGCUAACGUUUUGUUAGAUGGAGAAAUGAACGGGCGGGUGGGAGAUUUCGGUCUUGCUAAGUUAUAUGAGCAUGGAUCCAACCCGGGAACCACAAGAGUGGUUGGUACAUUUGGUUACUUAGCACCAGAACUCACAAAAUCCGGAAAAUUGACUACAAGUACAGAUGUUUAUGCAUUUGGAGCAGUUUUGUUAGAAGUAGCUUGCGGAAGAAGACCAAUCGAAACAAGUGCGUUACCGGAAGAGCUUGUAAUGGUUGAUUGGGUUUGGUCAAGGUGGCAAAGCGGAGACAUAAGAGAUGUUGUGGACAGGAGACUGAACGGUGAGUUUGAUGAAGAGGAAGUGGUUAUGGUGAUCAAAUUAGGCCUUCUCUGUUCGAACAACUCUCCAGAGGUUCGACCUACGAUGAGACAAGUGGUUAUGUAUCUCGAAAAGCAGUUUCCGUCGCCCGAUGUUGUCCCUGCACCAGACUUUUUAGAUGCAAAUGAUAGUAUGUGUCUUAACGAGGGGAGCGGUAAUGCAGGUGAGUUUGAGGAUUUUGUGGAUUCAGCUAGGUUUUACAGCGGACCUAAUAAAACUACUACUUCGUCCAUAUUCUCCUUCUCUGGUAAAACUAGAACUGAUCCAAGAUAA